GAACCGCUACAACCGCACCAGGCUCGAGUCGUGACCGAUCCGCAUCUCUCUCAAGCCCGGUGCCAUGUUCCUGCGGCGCCUGAGCACGUCCGCCUCCGGCGUCCUCCGGCGGCGCCGCCGCGGCGCCAAGGACGACGGCGUCCUAGCCGCCCUGCGUGCGGAGAUCGCCCACGAGCUCUCCUCGCCCCCCUCCUCCUCCCCCUCUUCCCUCCAUUCUCAGGAGGCUCUCGGCUUUGCCACCGUGUCGGACGCGCCGCGUGCGCAGGACGUGCUUCUGCGCCGCCGCGGAGACGCCGAGGAGGUCCACGUGUCGGCGCUGCUCGCCCCACUGCGCUUCGAAGGCGAGGAACCGCUGCCCAGGGACGCGCUCAUGAAGGUGUUCGUCAGCAAGCCAGGAGUGGAACCGCUGCUGCGCUUCGAUUGCCGCGCGGUUGCCGCCGCCGGCGGGGCUGCUGCUGGCUAUGAUAUAACUGCCCUUUCGUAUCACGCGUUCCCUGGCGAUGGUGGAGACAGCAAGUAUGAAGGGCCAGACUUCGGGGAUUUGGAUCCUAAGCUACAGACUGCACUGAAAGAAUAUCUCCUGGCAAGAGGCGUUACCCCUGAACUAGCGACCUCACUUCGUGAACACUUGCUUCAGAAGGAGCAGGUCCAGUACGUGAGCUGGCUGAAAACAUUGGAAGGGAUGUUCACCAAAGAUCAUUGACCUGAUCGUUGUCGGAAAAGAUGAAGAAUAGAACGAUUGUUGACCUAUUAGUCCUCGUCUGUUCAACUUUGCUCGUCAGUUGUUAGUCUGUUCCGGAUGAGUCGAAUGCUUAAUGUUCUUUUGGCUGUGACAAUGCGGGAUACAAGGUGAGUGCUGUAUCUCGGUUAAGUUUGUGUCCUGUCCAGUUACAGUAAUGGCGUUCUUGUUGAGUUCGAUGAACUGACAAGUGUUAUCACCAGCGGCCUGUCUUGUUGCUGAUUGGUGAUGCUGGAUUUGGGGUUUUGGACCAUGAGAUGAAGGCCUCAAGGUGAUGGUGGAUUUGUGCUUUUCGGUCGGACAAGAUCAACAUUCCAGUAAAAUACCCCAUUUAGCUUCUUUUUUUAACAAAAUAAAUAGGAGGAGAUUUUUCAAUCUUGUAAUUGAGCUGGCUCUCAACUCGUCAAGAUGUGUUAAAAAAAACUUGUCAAGAAAUAUUUUUCUCUGCCGGCCAAUAUGUGAUAUCGCGAUGGAAGAUACUGGUUAAGAGUUGCAUGCUUCA